AUGUCUGUCCCCUUCGUGAGAGUGAGUGAGGACUUCUGCAGACAGACCCUGUGUGGAGUUUGCACGUUCUCCCCGUUCUGCUCCUCUGCGUGGUGGGCGUGUCUCUGCAGCAGUUCCCCUCCGCUCCACAUGGCUGCACUGAUGGCAGCUGUUUACCCGGCAACAGGAAACCUCCUGAUUGGACGAGCCGUGAACUUCAGCGCCUCCUCCACCUGCGGCGAGCGCGGAGCGGCGCACUACUGCAUCGUGAGCCACCUGCAGGAGUCAGAUAAAUGCUUUGUGUGUGACGACUCGGACCCCAGAUUGCGACACCGCAUCGAGAGUGUGAUCUACCUGACGAAGAGCGAGGAAGACGAGCACAGCUGGUGGCAGUCUGUGAACGGAGAAGAAAACGUUCAGAUUCGACUGAACCUGGAGGCGGAGUUCCACUUCACCCACUUGAUCAUAAAGUUCAAGGUCUGA